AUGACGUCGCCUGCGAAUCAGCAGAAUCCGAUCCCGGCGCCCAACACCUCCGCGACCACGGCGACUUCUUAUGCCUCCGCUGCAGGUGCGCCCAAGAGACCUGUUCAGACGCCCCUGGUCGCAACCGGUUCCCAACCUCCUGUCGUGGUUGGCUCUUCCUCUGCCUCCCUGGCACAGAAUGCCAACACGUCUUCGCCAUCUCCUGUGAACGGCAAGCCAGCCGUCGCCCCUGCUGUCCCUGCUGUUGCCCGCGGUAGCUCUACCAACGGCGCCGGCGCGGACCAUUCGAGAAAAAGCUCCGUCACCAUGGCUGCCAAUGGCCCGAAUUCUUUUGCUGCCAAUGGCGGCGCCAAACCUGGCAUUCAGUUUGGCUUCGAUUCACCGGCCAUGGCACACAGCACUCCCCAUGCUGGCAACGCUGCUCCUAUCCCCAUUCCUGGAGCCGGCACCCAUCGCGUGCCCUCGCCCGCCCACUCCCCGUCCCCGAUUCCCCAGCCGUCUGCCAGCGGCGGCCGGCCUCCUUCCGGUCUCCCAGCCAGUGCCCAGAUGACAUUUGGUAGUCUCAGCAGUGAUGGCGAGCGCCACAUGAGACAGGGCUCGGUGCCCCCCAACUCGAAUGCAAUGGGAGCGCAGCCGGGAGCGCAUUACAGACGCGAGUCGAGCCACUCUGUUCAGGGCGACAACCGAUCCAACUUCCCUCCCCAAGGCGGCCGUGGCCGAGGUUUCAAUCCACACAAUCAAUUCAGCAAUCAAAUGGGGUACCCGCCAAACAAUCAGUUCAGAAACGGGCCCGGUCAAGGUCGUGGCAUGCCCCCUUCCUUCCAGCCUCAACCGCGCAACAUGCCGUAUCCCAACUCUCCCCAGCCGGCUCGGAGCCCUGCCCUCGUCCCGUCGAUGCCAAAUACUCCCAGCAUGCCCCCGGCGACGAUGCAGCCGAACAUGACCACGGGCACGUCUCCGCAGUACCAUUAUCCGCCGCCUCCCAUGGCACCACAGCACCAACAAGUACAGGCUCCCUUUUCUGACGUGUCUGAUAAAUUGCAUUUUAAGUCGUUCAAGAAGAGCAAGGCUCGUCGAGACCACGCCAAGUCCCUGCAGUCAGGGCGUCCACUGGACCCCAUACGCGAGCUACGCGGAAGCGACCCUAGUCAGCCUCAGCGCCGUUUGCACCAGCGGCCAGAGCAACAGUGGCGUGACCACGAUGUCGGUCGCGCUCGAGGUGACGUGUCCGGUGGCGGCGCUGGGUCGGCAGUGCAAUACCACAAUCAUGUUCAUUCUCAUGCUGCCCCUCUGCCUUUGCCCAAGUUCCUCCCUCAAGACGCAUCUCCGCUUGAUUUAUCACCCGAAAGUGGUGGCUUUGAACUUUGGCUGACUAGAAAGCAUCAGAACUACGGCUACCCGCCGUCGCAGAUUGAUCAAUACGGCCGACCCGUGCCCAUUCCCUAUGCCUACAAUAGUGUCCCGCCGUACAUGCCCCCUCCGCAGACCAACUCGCCUGCUUACAGCCAGCAGUUUGCGCCUCCUUAUGCUUCCCAGCAAAGCCACAGCAUGUCCCGUACCCCGUCGCAACCCGAGCGACCUUCCAGCGCCAGCCAGCAGAGCCAGCCGCUCGUUGUCGGCUCGUGCCAGCCUCCCAAUGCUCCGGGCAAGCCUGGACCCAACAACUUUGUCAAGCCUAGGAAGAGCGCGGCUAUUCAGAUCAAGAAUGCCGCCGGCGAAGUUGUUGACACUUCAACCUUCAAGCAACCCGUCUCUCCUGCCCCCACUGGCCAGCAGUCCAAGACGCCUCCUGCCGUGGCCUCGACGCCUACCCCCCCGCCCAAGUCAUCCACACCCUCUGCUCAUGGUCGAUCUGAGAGUACGGCCACGCCCAAGACGGCCAAGGAGAUCCAGGAUGAGCUGAAGGAGAAGAUAAAGCAAGCCACGCAGGGGGCCGCCGUCAGUGAAGCCAAGAACAGGGAGCAGACUGCCACGAAAAGCAAGGUUCCCUCUGACAGCCCUGCCGAGAAGGACGCUGCCGUCGCAGCCACAAGUCCUGCCGAAGUCGACGAGCCCAGCAAGGCUGAAGAGGAGAAGAAGCCUGGUGAGCCCGUCCCCGGCAGCGGGGAUCCCGCAGAGGAUGAAGAAUUUGAGCGGAUGAUCCGGGAAAUGGAAGAGGCCGAUGCCAAGCGCGAAAAGGAAGAGGAAGAGUACCGCAAGCGCGCCGAAGCCAAAAAGGCUGAACAGAAGAAGAAGGACGAAGAAAGCCGCAAGGCGAAGGCCGCUGAAGAAGACCGCCGUCUUCGGGAGCGGGAGCGCGAGAUGGAGCGCCUGGAGGACGAAAGGGAGCGACGACGAAAGGAAGCCGAAGCCUCUGGAAAGACCAUGUCUGUUGCGGAGAUGCUUGCUGCCACUCGGACUUCCAAGGACGGUGACGACGCCGCCAAUGUCAGCUCCGUCGCCGACAAGCCGCCUGGCGUCAAGACUGCCGAGGAGAAGGCUGGCGGCGACGCCGCGGGUCAGAAGCGCUCGGCCAAGCCUGCCGCCCUCAAUCUCGCGCCUCUCAACACCAAACCUGUCGAUCCGCCUCAGCCCAGUGCGGCGCUCCAAUCUCUCAAGUCGUCUCGGUUCCUGCAGGUCAUGGACCAAGAUAUUUACCCCUCCGGCAUCAACUCCCCGAACCCUGCUCUGAACGCCGCCGCCGCCAAGAAGGGCAAGAGCUUCAAGUAUGACGCUGCUUUCCUGCUGCAGUUCCAGAAGGUGUUUACCGAGCAGCCCUCUGUCGAGUUUCACCAGCAGGUCAAGUCCCUGAUCGGAGACGGUGACCGUUCUGCUCGCGCCCAGACGCCUAGGCAGCCUUCUAACCGCAGCAGCAAUGCCUUCCCCAUGGGCACGUUCAACGCCCCCCCGGGCCGCACACUGCCCUCGGGCACCACCUCUGAGCAGCGCAUGGCGAUGUCCAGUGGCGCUAUGCCCCGACCCCCUGUUGGCUCAAUAGGGUCGUUCCGUGGCCCCGGAGGCGGAUUCCCGGGCACCGCCAUGUCUCGGACCUCGUCGCAGUCCAGAGGUGCCGGUCCCAACUCGCCCGGCGGCCGCCAGUCCAGCCGCUCUACCCGCGGCAGCCGACGCGAUUUCAACACCAAGGAGGCCCAGGCUGCUAAGACCAUGCCCCUAACCGCUGGUCAGGAGAUCAAACCCAUUGCCAUCACUGCCAACGGUUGGAAGCCUAGCAGUGUCGGCAUCAAGGCCGCCGCUCCGGCUGCCAGUUCCAGCGGCUACCUUGACCCUGAAAUGGUGCAGAGAAAGGUGAAGGCGGCUCUCAACAAGAUGACCCCCGAGAAGUUUGACAAGAUAGCCGACCAGAUUCUGGCUAUUGCCGGGCAAUCCAAGGACGAGGCUGACGGCCGUACGCUGCGUCAGGUGAUUCAGCUCACUUUUGAGAAGGCAACUGACGAAGCGCACUGGGCCUCCAUGUACGCCAAAUUCUGCAAGCGCAUGCUCGAGAACAUGAGCGCAGACGUUCGCGACGAGCGCAUCAAGGACAAAAACGGCAACAUCGUCAGUGGUGGCAACUUGUUCAGGAAGUACCUCUUGAACCGAUGCCAGGAGGAGUUUGAGCGUGGCUGGGCCUCCAACUUGCCUCAACCUAAGGAGGAAGAGGGCGGCGAGGAUGCCCCCAAGAAGACGCUUGGCGACACGACGAUGCUGUCUGACGAAUACUACGAGGCUGCGGCCGCCAAGCGACGUGGUCUGGGUCUUGUCCAGUUCAUCGGUGAGCUGUACAAGCUCGGCAUGCUGACUGAGCGCAUCAUGCACGAAUGUGUCCACAAGCUCGUUGACUACAAGGGGGUCCCCGACGAGGCGGAAACCGAGUCCCUCAGCAAGCUGCUGUGCACGAUUGGUGCCAACUUGGAUGCCACGGAAAAGGGUCGUCCCUUGAUGGACGUGUACUUCCAACGCAUCCAGACCAUGAUUGACCUUCCCGAGCUCCAGAGCAGAUUGAAGUUUAUGCUCAUGGACAUCAUCGAUCUGCGCAAGGCCAACUGGGUCUCCAAGGAGGCCAACAAGGGCCCCAAGACUCUGGAGGAAGUGCGCGCCGAAGCCGAGGCUCAGGCUGCCAAGGCUCAAGAGUCUGCCCGAAGCAACACUCGCGGCGGUCCCGGCCGCCCUGCCGUCGGCCGCGGCGAUGCUCGCAACUUCUCCGGCGGCUCCGUGCAGCAGACGAGCAACCAGGUCGGCAUGGACGACCUACGACGCCUCAAGGGCUCCGCCGGCAGAACCUCGAGCCAGAACCUCACCUUUGGCCCGUCUUCUAUGCUCACCUCGCGCAGCAACAGUGGCCGACGUCUCGGACCGGGAGGCUCUCUUGGCCGCCCUGGCGAGGACUCUGGCGCCUCGUCGCGAACUGGCACUCCCCCCACCCGUGACAGCACCUCCAACACGAACGCAUUCAGCCUGCUCGCAAACAUGGUAGAUGCCGAACACCCCGCCUCGCCUCCAUCUGCAGGACCCUCCCCUCUUCUGGCCAAGGCCGUGCCCGACAGCGGCAAGAAUGAGGGCGAGUAA